AGAGAGAGAGAGAGAGAGGCGGUUCAGCCCCGCUAUGGUUUCAGCAGCACCGACUCAGGGAGUAGUACCAGACCACUGUGUUGUGCAGGAAUAACGUUAGGCACGACGUAGCUGAAAACCGCCAGCGGAGCAGAUGAAAACGAGAAGUACUCUUUCAUGUGGAUUAUUUUGGGAGGAAGACAUUCAUUUGAAGCGAGGGGAACAUUAGCCAGCGUAACGGGAACGACUGACGAGGACUGGGACAUUAACGUUACCGUUGCUGGCUACUAGACUCAGCCGAUAAUGCACGGCAUCUGUUCUGCAGCCCCACCCACUUCCUGCCUGUAGAGGAAGCGGUGCUGCCAGCAUGUCCUCUCAUCCCCAGUCUGUGCCACCAGGCCGGAGGGCUGUGGACACACGCCACCUGCCAAACCCCGCCAGUUUGCCACUGCAGCUGCAACGGGCACACACGGAAGUAGGACUGGUGGACUAUCACCCUCAUGCAAGGGACUACAGCUCCCACCUGGCCCAGCCUCAUCGCCGCCGGCCGUCCCUGCUCUCCGAGUUCCAGCCUGGGAAUGAGAGGGGCCAGGAGCAGCAUAUCCGCUUCGAGCACAUCUAUCUGCCAGAGUCCAACAGCCAAUCUGAGGUGGAGUAUGCCGAGAUCAAACGGCCUCGUCUAGAGAUGGGGCCGGAGUCUCUGAUGAGGCACUCAGCGCACCGCCCCCCAAUGCCAUUGGGAGGGGCCGAGGAUAUGGCGAAGGAGCGUGGCAGUGCCAUGGGGAAGCUAGAGCCAAUCUCUCCUGUCAGCCCGGCCCAUAUGGACCCCGACUUGGAUCUGGUGCCAGCUCGCUUCUCCAAGGAAGAGCUGAUCCAGAACAUGGACCGUGUGGACAGAGAGAUCACUAUGGUGGAGCAGCAGAUCUGCAAGCUACGCAAGAAACAGCAACAGUUGGAGGAGGAGGCAGCGAAGCCCCAGGAGCCAGAGCGUCCCAUCUCACCGCCACCCAGUGAGGCGAAGCACCGCAGCCUGGUGCAGAUAAUCUACGAUGAGAACAGGAAAAAGGCAGAAGAGGCUCACAGGAUACUGGAGGGACUGGGGCCCAGGGUGGAAUUGCCUCUCUACAACCAGCCCUCAGACACCAAGCAGUACCAUGAAAACAUCAAAAUAAACCAGGCGAUGAGGAAGAAGCUCAUCCUUUACUUCAAGAGGAGAAAUCAUGCUCGUAAGCAGUGGGAACAGAAAUUUUGCCAGCGCUACGACCAGCUGAUGGAAGCCUGGGAGAAGAAAGUGGAGCGCAUAGAAAACAACCCGCGGCGCCGAGCCAAGGAGAGCAAGGUGCGCGAGUACUACGAGAAGCAAUUCCCAGAGAUCCGCAAGCAGAGAGAGCUGCAGGAGCGCAUGCAGAGCCGUGUGGGGCAGCGUGGAGGUGGGCUGACCUCAUCAGCAGCUCGCAGUGAACACGAAGUCUCCGAGAUCAUCGAUGGCAUAUCAGAACAAGAGAACACGGAGAAGCAAAUGCGACAGCUGGCGGUCAUCCCUCCGAUGCUAUUUGAUGCUGAACAGCAGCGCAUCAAGUUUAUCAACAUGAAUGGCCUGAUGGACGAUCCCAUGAAGGUCUACAAGGACCGGCAGGUCAUGAACAUGUGGAGUGAGCAGGAGAAGGACACUUUCAGAGAGAAGUUCAUUCAGCACCCAAAAAACUUUGGCCUGAUUGCAUCUUUUCUGGAGAGAAAGACGGUGGCGGAGUGCGUGCUCUUUUACUACCUGACCAAAAAGAAUGAAAACUACAAGAAUAUAGUGCGGAGAAACUACAGGCGCAGGGGCAGAAGCCAGCAUGGUCAGCAGCAGCAGCAGCAGCAACAACAGGUGAACCGCAGCAGCCAGGAGGAAAAAGAGAAGGAGGAGAAAGAGAAGGAGGGAGACAGAGAUGAAGAGAAGAACGAAGCUGAAGACAAGGAAGAUGGAAUGAAGGAUGACACGUCUGGAGAGGAUGGGGAAGACAAAGAGCCCACGGUGGCCUUUAAGGGUCGACGCACGGCCAAUAGCCAGGGGCGCCGCAAGGGCCGUAUUACCCGCUCCAUGACCAGUGAGGUGGAGGAGAACACCACGCCACCCCUCAGCACCGAGCUCGCCAAUCUGGAGAUGAAUGAAAGCUCUCGCUGGACUGAAGAAGAGAUGGAAACAGCCAAAAAAGGCCUUCUCCAGUAUGGUAGGAAUUGGUCCGCCAUCGCCAAGAUGGUGGGCUCCAAAACUGUGUCCCAGUGCAAGAACUUCUAUUUCAACUACAAGAAGAGGCAGAAACUGGAUGAAAUUCUGCAGCAGCAUAAAAUGAAAUCGGAGAAAGAGCGUAAGGCCCGACGUAAGGGCAAAGCCCCACAGAGCGAGGAGGCCAGUGCCCCGUCUGCAGCUGAGGAGGAGGAGAUGGAGGGUUCAGGGGCCAGUGGCAACGAGGAGGAGGCCCCAGAGGAUGGAGAAGGUGGAGCCAACAACAGCUCCGACACAGAGAGCCUGCCCUCUCCUCGCUCCUCAGAGGACAGCAAGGCUAAGGAAGAGGGCUCUUGCAGGGCCAAGGCUGGCUCCAACACCAGCGACAAGGAGGCAGCAGGCACCGACAUGGGCCAGGCAGGGGAGGAGAAGCCCCCAGGCCAGGGAGACACCGACACGGCCAUCAAGCAGGAGGUGAAGACAGAGGCAGGGGAGUCCAGCAAGGACCACGUGCAACCACAACCACCACCUAGCGAUGCCGCAGACAAGAAACCUCCCACUGCAGAGGCAGAGGAGGUCAAGAGCUCCACCAAGAGCUCUAAGAGGGACCACGGGGCCAAGAUGGGCUCCCAGGGGGACAGUGACUCUAGUGCUACCUGCAGCGCCGAUGAGGUGGAGGAGACAGACAACACAGACAAGAACAGAAUGACUUCUCCAAGGCCAAGUCUGCUGAAUUACAGUCAUGAUGGGGUCAUAUCCUCUCCGCUGCAUAAGCCCAUGGACCUGAAGCAGCUCAAACAGAGGGCCGCUGCUAUCCCCCCGAUUAUGCCAGAAGCAUCAGUGCAGGGCUGUCAGCGGAGUGGGGGUGGUAAGGCAGUGCUGCCCCCCCAUGCCCUGGCACUGUACCAGCAGCAGAUCACCAUGGCUCAUGGGGAGUCCUCUCAAGAGGCCAAGCAACAACAGCAACAGCAGCUCCCAGGUCAGCCAGGCAAACAGCAGCCUUAUCCAGCGCAGACAGACAGAGACAGAGAGGCUCUCCACAGCAGCAGCCCUCGCAUCCGCCCACGCAGCCCUUCCACUGGUGACAAGGAUGAGCUGGAGGGCAACGAGAGAUGGUUACAGACUCUCCUUCAGGGAUUACAUAAAUCCCGGGCAUUCUCUCCUCAUGGUGAUGUCAAGAAGCAGACAUUGGGCCCAGAUGACCCGAGGGCCUCUAACUCGGGACGCCCAGUCCCCUCACCCUACCCCCUUUCCCCACGAGAUAUGGCCAAGAUCAGCCAUGAUCAGCACCUGCUGCACUACAACUCGUUCCAGCAAGCAGGCCACCCUGCGCCCCCUGGUCUGCAGCAGGACAGUGGAAGGCUGGCAGCGGUGAGACCCCUCCAUAUGCCAGAGCCGCCGCCUCUCAUCUCUUCCAACAAGCCAGGGGGCUCCAUCACACAGGGCACCCCAGUGCAGUUGCACAGCCCAGCUCAUGGGUUGGACCAUGGGAAGAUUCCCCCCACACCAAUUGGUUUGUCUUGGAUGGAUCAGAGGAAAGUGGGUGAGUCCAAGUGUCUGGAGUGGCUGGAACACUCCCAGCUCUGGUUUGCUGGAGGUCCUUUCCCUGUGGUAAAGCAGGAGCAGCUGUCCCCUCGCAGCUCAUCCUCCCAGGCUGAGAACCUGUCGACCCAGGGGACGCCUCAUGAUGGUGCUGCUGGACGUGGGUCCAUUCCAGCUGUCCAGGGGGGUAGUAUCACUAAGGGCAUCCCAGGGACCAGAGUGCACCAGGACUCCUCAGUCUCCCACCGAGGGGGCUCCAUCACUCAGGGCACACCAGCUGACGUGCUGUACAAGGGAACCAUAACCCGUCUGAUCACAGAGGACAGUCCCAGCCGAGCCGAGAGGGAGCGAGACGAGGCGCUGUCAAAAGUCCAUGUGGUCUAUGAGGGCAUCGGUGCACACAUUCUCACAUAUGACCGCCCAGCUUCUCAGAACCCUAAAGAGGAGGGCCGUGGCCCCGGCCAGCCUGGGGAGAUCCUUGGCCUGAAGCGUCCUUACGAUGUUAUGGAGGGUGGUAUAUCCAGAGGGCUGCCUAUGAGGGACUCACUGUCUGCAGCCAACUGUGAAGGUCUAAUUGGUCGAGCAAUGCCUCAUGAGAGGGACAGCCCACACCACACACCCUUCAAGGAUGCUCACCACAUCCGCGGCUCCAUCUCACAAGGUAUACCUCGCCACCUGGACCCUCAGGACGGCUACAUGAGGAGAGAGGCUAAGCAGAUGAAAAGAGAGAGCUCCCCACCGCGUGGGCCCGGCUCACUCUCUGACCCAAUGAAGGGCCGAGAGGCUAUGGUCCCCACCGUGAAGGAGGCCGGCCGCUCCAUCCACCUCAUUCCCAGGGAAGAGCUCAGACAGCCUGCUAAGGAGGGCAUCAUAGCACAGAGCACUCCCAUGAAGCAGGAGGCAGCUGGUUCAGGAAAACGACAUGACGUCCGCUCCAUCAUCGCCAGCUCACCACGCUCCUACCACAGCAUGCCCUCCCACCUGGAGAUGCGUCCUGAGAGGAGCCGCUACGAGGAGCCACCCAAAGGCCGGCCCAGCGCUGUGGUCAGCACACCCAGCUCCAUGACCCGCUCCUCACCUCUCACACUUGGGCCAGAGCAGGGAAGCAAGUCCCACCAUAGCCCUGUUGGCUAUGAGGACAAAGGGUCCCUGAGGGCCCCUUACCCUGGGCCCUCUCACCGGGGGUCACCCCUCUCCAGGGAGACAAGCCAACGCCAGCAUGAUGGUUCGAGUAAGAAUCCACCUCAGGAGCGUAAGGCCACACCAACCCCCAGAGAGAUGAGUGCCACCAAGUCCCCCCUGCCUGGUGUGGCAGAGCAGCAGGCCUCUCUGGCUUCCUAUGAGCGACUGUUGCAGGGUCUCGGAGCUGCAGACGUGUACCGGGGACAGAUCCCCCUUGCCUUCGAUCCUGCAGCACUGCCCCGUGGCAUCCACAUUGACCCAGCCUACUACUUGCCUCGCCACCUAGCCCCAAACCCGGCCUACCCUCACCCUUACCCCUACCUGAUCCGUGGCUUUCCUGACACAGCAGCCCUGGAGAACCGCCAGACGCUGUUCAACGACUACAUCACCUCCCAGCAAAUGCACCAGUGGCCUGCAGCUGCUGCCAUGGCUGCCCAGCGCUCAGACAUGCUGAGGGGCCUCUCUCCACGAGAACAGCCCCUCCCUCUGCCCUAUUCUGCAGCCCCACGCGGGAUCAUCGAUCUGUCUCAGGUGCCACACUUACCUGUCCUGGUCCCUCCCUCUGCAGGGGCAGCUGGCUCCCCAAUGGACCGCAUCACCUACAUCCCUGGGGGGAGCACCGCCUUCCCUGGCACGCCUUACACCACCUCCCCCAUCUCACCCGUUGGCUCUUCACACAUAAACAAGAUGCAAGGCACGCCCUCAUCUGCGGAGCGCGAGCGUGAAAGAGACCGUGAGCGAGACAGAGAGAGGGAGAGGGACCGGGAGAGAGACAGAGACAGGGAGAGAGAGAGGGAGAGGGAGCGUGAACGGGACCGGGAGAGAGACCGUGAAAGAGAACGGGAGAGAGAGCGCGAAAGGGAAAGAGACCGGGACAGAGAGCGGGACCGGGACAGAGAGAGAGAGCGGGACAGAGAGAAGGGCGGAUCUCAUGGAAAUGUGGAGCACGCCCCUAUCUGGAGACCAGGUACAGAGCACAGCUCAGGGGGUAGCAGUAGCAGUGUGAGGCCUUCCCACUCAUACAGCCACCAGCACUCCCCAGUGUCCCCUCGCACCCAGGAGAGCGUGCAGCAGAGACCCAGUGUCCUGCACAACACUGGGGGCAAGAGCCUUUCAGUCAGCGAACACUCCAGCUCUGUGCUAAGGUCCAUGCCCUCCGGGUCAACCCGCUACCCAGGCUACCCCAGUCACCUCCAGAGGACAGGUGUGCCCCCUGAGGGUUACCCACCUGGCAUCGACUCUAGUGGAGCCAAAGAGCUGAGCCGAGAUGGAGGCAAAAGCAGGGGAGGUCUACCCAAGCACGCUCAGGACCAGCAUGGGCCCUCCAGUAAAUCUGACCCCAAGCUGUCCAGCCCCAGCCCAGGGGGAAUUUACCCAGGGUCCUAUUCCCUGGCUCCAGGCCGACCCCCACACCUGCUACCCCCCCAGUCGGAUAACCCCCCUGGCCGUGGAGAAAGCGGUACACCUAGUAGGGAAAAGACUCAAAACAAACCGGUGUCCGUUCAGGAACAAGAGCUCCGAGCACUCGGUAAGACCACCAUGACUGCGGCCAACUUCAUAAACGCGAUUAUCAUGCGUCAAAUUUCUUGUGAAACGGGGAUGCCAGAGACGGGCUCGCUUGUUGCCAGCAGCGCCACUGAUGCUCAACAGAAGAUGGGUCCCAUAGAGCAGCAUGGUUUGUACCGGCCUCCAUCAGAGGAGAGGCUGUCCCCGGGCCCGCAGCCCCCGUCCCUCUGUGUUACAGGCAGCCAGAGGGUGGUCACCCUGGCCCAGCACAUCAGUGAGGUGAUAACUAAAGACUACACCAGGCAGAGCCAGCACCAAGAGCAGAACUACCAUAGCUCCCCUGUCCUGGACCUGACCCGUCCACCCAGUGCCCCUCAGCUGCCACCCUCCUCCCAGGAGUCUGCCCAAGGGUCCCGCUACACUCCAGAGGGCCCUGGGGUAGAACGCAACCGAGACCGGUCUCCCCCUCAGCCCAAGACAUCGCCUGUCAGUGUUUCUAAUGAUGGCAUUGAACCGGUGUCUCCUGCUGGAGCCAUCUCUGAACCAGAAGUCCCCAACGAGCAGGGAGAGCCAGGGAUGGGCUCCCGUUCACCUCCCAACGCCUCACAGCCCCCGGCCUUCUUCAGCAAGCUGACUGAGAACACAUCUGCCAUUGUCAAAUCAAAGAAACAGGAGAUGAUCAAAAAGAUGACUGUGGUGGGAAGUGACAGCGACUUCAAUCCUGGUCAGCCUGGAACAGAGAUCUUCAAUAUGCCAGCAUCUACCACUGCAGGACCUGUGAGCAUCCGCAGCCACCCAGCUCCAGAAGCCUCUGGUAACUCAAUAGGCCUGGAGGCCAUUAUAAGAAAAGCCCUAAUGGGAAAAUACGAUGACCAGGCCGAGGAGCGCUCACCAUCGAACACUCUGAACCCCAUGGCUGCCAGUGUGCCUGCCUCUAUGCCUGUAGCUGACGGACGGACCGAGGACUCUUUCUCUCAAGGUGGGGGGAAGUCCUCCAAGGGCAGUGGGCGUUCCAAUGGGCGGAAGGCCAAGUCACCCGGACCAGGCCUGUCAGGGGGGGAGAGACCCUCCUCUGUUUCUUCAGUUCACUCAGAGGGAGACUGCAACAGACGAACUCCCCUCACCAACCGGGUUUGGGAAGACCGGCCCUCCUCCACAGGUUCAACACCCUACCCAUGCAACCCGUUGACAAUGCGGUUCCCCAGCGGGAUGGUGUCAGCUCCCUCCCCCUCCUCCGGCCAACCAGGGGCGCAGGGUCAGGGUUCGGGACCAGGACAGGGCCGAUCCUGGGAAGAGGAGCCCAAGCCUCUGCUCUGCUCUCAGUACGAGACGCUGUCUGACAGCGAGUGACCCGAGAUGCUACCGUAGAACAGCACCCGCUAACAAGUCCACCACCUCUGCGCUGCUGCAGACACAGACAAACACACAUGCGCACACACACAUACACGCUGACACAAGCAUACACUCACCGAGGCAUAUGCGCACCUCCCCGCACCAUUCCACUCUGCAUUUCCUUUAUCGGUCGCAAGGAUUGCGUUGUGUGGCCCCUCCUCCUUUCACACAACUGAGAUGCCAAGCACCAACAUGCUGGAACACUGCUGCUCAGUGUGUGUGCGUGUGUGUGCCAAUGUGUGUACGCUUAUGUGUUAUGCACUCACUCCAGGACUACUCUAAAGGACAAAUCACUUUUUUUUAUUUUACUAUUUUUCCUCACUGGCCUUAUCAAUAUGGACAUGUUGACCUUGCACCAUUCAGGUGUACUACUCUAGUGUGCUUACAGUCUGUAGAAGGGACUCGGUGCUGAUGCUGAGCUUGUGCUGUUGGUCUCGUCUGGAGCUCCGUCAGCCUCGUGAUGGAUGCUCGAGACAGAUUUCGACCUCAGAUCUGCUCUCAGAGUGGAGGGCGCUCUUGGCAGUCCCAUGCCCUUCUACAUCCCAGUACAGCGGACUCCAGGUGCAGGCGGCCUGUGCACUGCUACCACUACAAGAAUAACACGCGAGGGACGGGAGGAGAAUCAUCAUGUUUUCUUGUUUUGGUUCUUUCUUUUCUCCUUUUUAAAUCCAGUCAGUCCAGUCCUGUGUUUUGAAAGUGAGCCGAGACCUUUAGUACAUUUCUGAUGGUGAAUUUUUGAUGGUGUCAUUUGUUGUCUCUUUUCUGCAACAAUAUAUCUUUUUUGGGCGGUGGUGGGGAGGGUUGUUAUCGGGGAGGGUGGGGGUCACGUCAUUGGUUUACAGGGUAAACAUGCUGUUCAUUGCUGAUGUCAUCGUAUUUUAGGUAGGGUCUCGGAGUGCAGCGAAGGCAUGUUGUCUCCAGGCAUCCACAGGGGAGGGAGAGAGAUGUUUUGCCAGAUGGAUGGCACUGAGACAAGUGACACUUUCUCACUGUUUUUAUAUUAACCAUGUCUGUGUUUGUUGAAACUGUUCUUUGGAUGUUAAGCACUUAGUUGUCAAUCUGUUCACAAUGGCAUUUUUAAGAAUCUGUGUUUCGGGGCCGGUUUAAGGAAAAAGAAAACAUGGACUCAACAAGAGCAUAGAAAUCCCACUGUGGAGGUUUCCUCUCUCUAACAACCUAUCAGUUUAUUUUGGUCUUGCCACCUUUAUUCUUUAGUGCUCCCACACUCAAGCGACAAUCACAUUUGAGUGAAACGAUGACUUGGCUGCUUUGAGCAGGUGGAGACCAACCUUAAAGCUGCUUCAGGGCAAAUUCCUCAACAUCACAGUUGGAGUUUGCUUGCAUUAAAGAGGUGACAAAUAAAAGCCAUCUUUCUAUGACCCCUGGUCCACGGCAGUGUUGGCUUCAGCUGGCCUGCUACAAUCCCGUCUAGGAGCUGUUGUGACGGUGUGACCUCUGACCUUUUAUUGUCUAGUGGAGGAGCCGGGUCUGCACUCGGCUUCCUUAUCUGGGCAGAUUUUGUACAGUUACGAGAUUUCUAGUGUUAAGUGCCAUUUAUUUUACAUAAACAGUACUGAAGUUACCAAGUGACGCACAAAUUUUCUUUUCUUUUUUUUUUUCUUUUUCUUUUUUUUUUUUUUUUUCCCCAUGCCAGGGUUUAUACAUGUCCACGCAGGGAAGGUUUAAAACAUAGCAAAUGAAACGUCCUCUUUUCUUAAAUUAUUAUUAUUUUUUGUGUGUAUGUGCGUUGUUUUUUUUUUUUUUUUUUUUUUUUGGUCCCUCCCAAUUCAUCACAGCCCCAACUGUUCUGCUCAAUUUGGUUUCUUUCUCAACCAGACAGGGUCGUGUGACAGCACAGGUCACAAGGCUUUUGUGUAUCCAAUAUGAAGACCUGCAUCGAGUUUGAAAUACUUCCUCCACUUCGACAACUAUGAUGUACUUAAAGUGUACUUCAAUACAUGCGUGUGUUUUUACAGGCUAGAGGGAAUGUUGAGUUUCAGGCAGAGGCAGUCGGGGUAGUUGGAUGUAAUACUGACAUGCUUAGGUUUUACUUGCAGUAUUUUAAAGGCCACCUCUCUGUAACUGAUGGGGUGCGUGGGAAUGUCUAUGGCUUGUGACUUUGUACAAGCAGGGGCAGAUUUUGUCCCGGGGACUGCAGUCAAGUGACCUGUUGAGCAGUUUAAGAGAGACUCGACCUCUCUAGCUCCAGUCCAGUUUUUGUCACAGCGGAGACUAGUUGGUCAUAAACAAAUAUGACUGUUAUCGGACUACCUCCUCUCUUUUCUUCAUCCUGCCUGUCGACGGUGAGGCAUCCACCAUGUCAGGCUGACACACCGCUCAUCCCAGCCAUGUUUUAGCUCCGAUCUGUAAAGGUGGAGACCGAUGGAGAGUUUGUAACCUCACCAGGCAAGGCCUCUUCACCUGUAUAUUCAGGUGAGAUUUGUUGAGAAUGUCAUGGGAAAGAGACUAAGCCAUAUCCAGGUGUUCCCUCAACAUGAUGUUGGACUAAUAAGUUGUUUUAAGUACUCUGAAAUGAAAUUUUAACAAUCACACACCCCUCUCCUGAUUUCUUUUUGUUCUUGCACCUAUGUCUGUCUGCAUUACUCAUAAAUGUUUCAUUUGUAAUCAAAAUAAUCAUUCAAAGCAACACAGAAACAAAUUUGAUCGGUGAUGUUUUCCCUGGACUGUCCAAGGGGUGGGGGGAUGGGGAAUUGACAUAAACAGUACAUUGUUCAACCAUAUUGUGCAUUUUUUUUUUAUUAUAACCCACUGUAUAAUAGCAAGGAUUGUAUAUAGAACUGAAGAGAUGUAAAUAUUUAUGUGGCUUGCUUCAAGGUUGGUAUUUACAGAAAAAAAAAAAAAAAACUAUUCACACGGUUAAAUUCUACAUGCCCACCAGCAAGCUUUGUGGA